GGCUCCGUCCCACGUUCCUUAUCCGCACCGGCAGAAAGCUGACUUUGGGCGGGUCUCUUUGCUUCUGUUUGUCCGUUGAAAGAGAAGCUUCCUCCGGCAUGUGAGGAAGACAGCAAACCUCUGCAAGGGGACGUGGGAAAGGCGAUUCUCGAACAGUGCCCUACACUCCUCCAUGGAAUGAUGCGGUGGGGGAGUCCCCGGGAUCCCGCUCCCGCUGCCCAAGGCAUGAGAGGUUCUUCCAGGCGUGAUGGCUAGCGGUGGCUCCGCCCGGUCCUCCGGUACGGCCCCGGGCGGCUCCCAGCCCCGUAAGAAGUUGCUGACCAUCUGCGACCAGUGCAAGGCUAAGAUGCAGCUAGUGGCGGACCUCCUACUGCUCUCCAGCGAGCCCCGGCCUGUGAGCGCAGACAGCUCUGCUCAGGUGGGCGAAGCAUUCGAGAAAUGCCGGGACACCGUAAUCGCCAGGACUAAAGGCCUCUCCAUCCUGACCCACGAUGUCCAGAGCCAGCUCAAUAUGGGUCGCUUCGCCGAGGUGGGCGAGAGUCUACAGGAGAUGGGCGACUUAGUUGUAUCCCUCAUCGAGUUGUCGGCCCACGCUGCUUAUUUGGCUGCCGUAGAGAUGCCCGGCUCCCAGGCUGCAUUACCGGGCUUGGUCGACCGCUAUAAAGUGACCAGAUGUCGGCACGAAGUAGAACAGAGUUGUGCCACACUCCGGACAGUGCCAUUGGCCGACCUCACCCCACAGCUGCUCCUCGAGGUCUCCCAGAACUUGUCCCGGAACCUGAAGAUCCUUACUGACGCCAGCGUGUUUGCCAGUGAUAAAUCCAAGGACAAGUUUGCCAAGGAGCAAUUUAAACUGGGGGUAAAGUGUAUGAGCACGAGUGCCACCGCACUGCUAGCCUGUGUGAAAGAGGUCAAGACAUCGCCCAGCGAGCUAUCCAGAAAUCGUUGUGCUCUUUUCAGUGGUCCCCUUGUUCAGGCUGUCCAUGCCCUAGUAGGUUUUGCCACAGAGCCCCACUUCCUGGGUAGGGCAGCCAUCCUGCAGCCAGAGGGCAAAGCAGUGCAGACAGCCAUCCUUGGGGGAGCCAUGAGCGUGGUGUCUGCAUGUGUCCUUCUCACCCAAUGCCUCAGGGAUAUUGCCCAGCACUCUGACAGCAGCAGCAAGAUGACAGACUAUAAGGACAGGUUAAGGAGCUCGGCCUGUGCUGUCUCUGAUGGGUGCAACUUGCUGUCACAGGCACUGAGAGAGAGGUCAUCUCCUAGAACUCUGCCGCCAGUAAACUCUAAUUCUGUGAAAUCCCCAUAAAUGGGGUCACCAAUUUCCCUCACCUUUACCAAAGAAUGUUAAUUACGCCCAUGUUACCCUCCUCAGAGCUAUAUUGGAGUCUGCAAUGCAACUAUAUAAUGCACUUUAGGCUCUAAUGUGGAACUGAAGGUGCUAAACUUUGAAUAUACCAUUGUAUGUGACUAAUGUUUUGAGAAGUUUACUGUGAAAGUGUUGUCUGAAAAAAAUGUGGCUGUCUAAGCUUUUUUUUUUUUUUUUUUUUUUAGUAGGAAGCAAACUAUUUUGUUUUGAAAGGCUCUGAAACCUUUAUUGAGUUGCUGUAAAUCUCAAUUGACACUGCAGCCCAAAAAUAUAUUUGAUACCAAAGGCAAAAUACUAGAAUCAAUGCUGCACCAGUUUUAGAAGUGCAUUUUAAUGUAUUUAUCUUUUUUUUUUUUUUUAAAAAACAAAAAACAAAAAAAAAACAAAACAUACUUAUUUGAAGAUAACACAUCCUUGUUUCAAAUGUUUUCUAAUGGAAAUAUAACACUUUAAAUUCUGUGCAUCCCCCAAAACAACUGUUGUUAUAUUAAGAUGUUUAGGUUAUGUUGGUGCUUUCAUUUUGUGCUUGCAUGCAGCAUAUGGUGGGGGGAGCAGUGUUUGUUUCAAAUCUCAAUUUUGAGCCAUCUGAAUUAGAAAUUUCAUAUUGGUGGAACAAAUCUGGAAUGACACCAAUAAAUUGAUAUAUUUUCAUGGAAAUAAUAUUGUUCCACUUGAAAUUUAAAGGGAUGCUGAACCCAAUUUUUUUCUUCCGUGAUUCAGAUAGAGAAUGCAAUUUUAAGAAACGUUCUAACUUACUCAAUUUUUCUUCAUUCUCUUGGUUUCUUUAUUUGAAAAGCAAGAAAGUAAGUUUAGAAGCCAGACCAUUUUUGGUGAACAACCUGGGUGGUUCUUGCUGAUUGGUGGAUAAAUUCAUCCACCAAUAAACAAGUGCUGUCCAGAAUUUGAACCAAAAAUUUUCUGGCUCCUUAGCUUAGAUGCCUUCUUUUUCAAAUAAAGAUAGCAAGAGAGCGAAGAAAAAUUGAUAAUAGGAGUAAAUUAGUAAGUUGCUUAAAAUUGCAUGCUCUAUCUGAAUCAUGAAAGAAACAAUUUGGGUUCAGUAUCCCUUUAAGGAAAAUAUAUAUUUUUUUUUUUUUUAGUUAGACAGAUAUUUUAUUCUGUGAAAUGUGUUAAUUUGUUUAUUGAUUUGUAUUUUGGCCUUUAACACUCCACUCAACUGUAAAUAUUAGUGGUUUUCACCUUGUGCGUUUUGACUAUUUUAUUACAGUUUCAGAGCCUUCAAAACAACACUAGUACAUUAUUAAAUCUCAUUGCAAUUCUUA